CAUAAUGUUAGUGUCAACAAUUCUGAAACAAAAAAUUCUGAGGCAGAAAAUUCUGAAAUAAAAAAUUCUAAAGAGUUUUCUUGUGAUGAAGUGGUUGAGAAUAAAAAUACAGCAAGCAUUAUAAAGAAGCUUCAUAUAAUAGCAAGAAAUUAUUAUAAUGAUAAUAGUGAUGAAAAAGCUACUGAAGAAGCUUGUGAUGAAGAAGAGAAAGUUGAUGAAAAGGAGGAAGUUGAUAAA